UAUUAGGUUUUUUAAACUGUAAUUCAAAUAUGACUGCAGUUCCAAUACCGCGUACAUAUUCCACUUUAAGUAACGAAGAUGAAGAAUGCAGCAGAACAAGUGAUUUAUUUCCAAUGGAAACUAUUAAAAAGAAUUUGGACUUCACCACACCUGCCGAUGUUAGAACCCAACUUUCUCGUAUAAGCAACCAAGCUUACGUGGAAAGUUCAAAUUUUCUGCAAGUAUUUCUUCGAGUUCGACCAUUUACUAACAAGGAACUAAAACUAAAUGAGGACCAGCAAUGCAUGUCAAUAAGUGAGGAUAACCACACACUGACGUUAAACGCUCCUAAACAAUCAAGCAUGUUUAAAUCUUCAACAAGAAUUGGCGAAGAGACAACACACAAUUUUUCAUUCACCAAAAUCUUUGGUCCUACUGUACAACAAAAAGAAUUUUUCGACCACACCGCUUUGAAAAUUGUGGAGGAUUUUAUUAAUGGACAAGAUGCCUUGAUUUUUACAUAUGGAGUUACAAAUGCAGGAAAAUCCUACACGAUUCAAGGCACUCCUGGUAAUGAAGGUGUCAUGCCACGAUCUGUAGAUGUUAUAUUUAAUAGUGUUGGAGAAAAAAUAGAAGAGAACUCAAUGAUUCAGUUACGAAACGCAAACACAGUCACUGUUGUAACAGAUGCAGAAAAAAAGAGAUUGUUGGAAGAAAAAGAGAAGCUGAUGCACGUCGCAGAACAUCUCAGAGAGGUAAAAGAUGCAAUAUCAAAAGACAGCCUUGACAGUGAACAAACCACUAGCUCAGCAAACUCUACAAUGAUGUGUGGGUCAGCUGAUAAUACAAUGAACAAGGAUACUAAAUCAAGGUUGUCCUUCCUGGACUUCACAGACAACAUAGGAGACGAUAGCAUUGUGGAUGUUACACCUCAGGGGCCAGUUAAAUUUGUCAUUUUUGUUUCAUUUAUUGAAAUAUACAAGGAUUUUAUUUACGACUUGCUUCAGCCCCUUGCAAAGGGAAAAGUUACAAAACGUCCAGCUUUGAAACUUGCCGAAGAUAAAGUCCCCUUUAUAAAAGGUGUACGAGAAGUCCAGGUUAACUCUAGAGAGGAAGUGUUCAAGUUGAUAACAGUGGGCAGGGAACAUCUACAUAUAGCUGAAACAAAAUUGAACCACAAUUCCAGCAGAAGCCAUUGUAUUCUUACAAUCAAAACAGUAUGUAUGGCUGACCAUAGCACUGGACGGGCGAGAGUUUCUCAAAUCUCGUUUUGCGACCUCGCGGGUUCCGAGCGUCUCGGAAAAACCGACACACUCGGAGAGAGAAUAAAGGAAGCAGGAAAGAUAAAUAACUCUCUUCUAACACUUGGAAAAUGCAUUGAAACAAUCAGGCAUAACCAGCAACUUAAAUGCCCAGAAAACCAGCGUCUCGUACCUUACCGCGAAUCACGUUUGACGCGAUUGUUCCAGAAAUUCUUGGUCGGCAGGGGCAGAGCGUGCAUGAUAGUCAAUAUCAACCAGGUUGCAUCACUUUUUGACGAGACAGCGCAAGUUUUGAAAUUUUCAGCCGUAGCUUCCGAGGUUAAAAUCGUGAAACCUGUACCUGUGCGUCGUUCCGUACGCCACUCAAAGGCCCCAGGUGACCGUGGAACCCCACAGAGAAACCAUCGCGUUACGAUUGGUUGGGAACCAAUACACAAUACCAUUCAAGAAGAGGAAGAAGAUAGUUCCGAUGACGAAGAAUUAUCCCAAGAAGAUGUUGCGUUCUGGGAGGAAAAAGUUGAAAAGCUCGUCAAACUGAUCAACGCAUUAAAAGAAGCGCUCAAAAAGGCAAAUAAAAAGAUAUACACCAUCGAAGCUGAAGUCCGCAGGGAGUUAGCUGAGGAAAUGAGAUGUCAGUUUGUGGAUACUGAUGAAAAGUGGGAAGAGCGUUUGGAGGAGAGUGUCAAGAUGGUGGAAGAUGCGGGAGAGCGGAAGUUGGCUCGCUCUGUUGAGAUAGCUAACGAUAUCAUCCGGAGUUUGAGGGAGGAGCGAGAUGAUGCGAGAGAUCAGUUGGAAGAAUUGGAAGAAAAUGCAGGCGAAGAACGGAAAAAAGUUGUUGAAGAUUUGAACGAAAAAUUAUCCAAAACAGAAGUGGAACUGGGUGUUUUACAAAUGAAUGUCAAACAAAAGGAUGAAGAAAUCCAACAGUUAAAAAUGAAAGUGCAAAGAAGCAGAAGGUCUUCUACCGUUGCUGGAAGAGAGGAAUUUAUUUUAAAUUUACAGCAAGAAAAUAAAGAUGGUCGUGAAAUAAUUAAAGAACAAAUAUCUGAGAUGGAAGAAAUGAGAACAACCAUUGAAAAUUAUGGAGAAGAACAAGCAAACUUAAAACAGGAAAACGAAAGGAUUAGUAAAGAUUUAUUGCUUCAGAAAUCGACCAAUGAGAAUUUGAAAACAGAAAUUAAAAAAUUGCAAUCAGAAAAUGAGUCUCAGCAGUUGCAAUUAACCGAGUUUUCUACUUUGAAAGAAGAAAAUGAGAAAUUGAAAAACUCAGCUGAACUUAAUGUGCAAGAAUUAAAGAAUGAAAUUGCAGAGUUAUCAACCAAAAAUCGAGAUUUGACGACUACCUUGGAAGAAGCUGUAACCUGCGUUGAAAUGAAAACUUCCGAAGUUGACAAGUUCACUUUGGAUGCUGUGGCACUCACAACUGAGGUCACGGCACUGAAGUCAGAGGUCGCGGAGUCAGUGGCAAAUGCCACAACACUUGAAGCUGAGGUCACAGCACUUAAAGCCAAAGUCGCCGAAUCUGAAACAAAUACCAUGGCGCUAACAAAUGAGGUCACGGCACUUAAGACCGAGGUCGCAGAGUCAGUGGCAAGUGCGGUAGAGUUGUCACAAAAGCUUGACACCUCCUCUAAGGAUGUUGAAGAAAGGACAAAACUUGUAGAGGACUUGGAGCAAAAAGUUAAAACUCUGGAAAACGAGAUGAUAAUAAAGAUCAAAGAGACGGAAGACAAACUUGAGGGCGAGAAAAAUGAGGAAGUUAAAGAAAUGGUGAAGCAGCAUAAGGUUGAAAUUUCAAGUUUAAAUGUGAAAAUCGCCGAAACAGAAAAUGAAAAAAAGACAAUGUCCGGUGAUGCGGAAAUGUCGGAAAAACUAGAAAAACAGUUGAUCGCUGAGGUGGAACGACUUCAAAAAGAAAUGGAGGCACUGAAGCGUGAAAAAGACAAUUCGAAAAAAGUUGUUGAAAAAAGGACAUCGGAUACUUUUCAACUUAAUCAGACGAUGCAUAUUCUUGAGAUGGAGCGAGAUGACUUAAUGAAGACAGUAAAUGAAUUAAAACAAGAAUUAACCAAAGUUAAACAUGAGAAAACUCAACUGGAGGAAAAACUUCCCAAGUUAAACGUAGCUGAAGCCACGGAACUCGAUAAAAUGAAAAAUGCAUUAAUUGAGAUGGACAAAGUACAGAGUGAGCAGCAAACGAUGCUUGAAAAAUACGAAGCAGAAAAAGUUGAAAUUGAAAGUUUGACGAAAGAGCUACGGGAGAAACUUGUAAUGCUCCAGAAUGAGAUGGUGGAAUUGAAUGGAGAAAAUAAGCAGCUGUCUGACCAAAGAGAUGAAUUUGAACAAACGAAGACAAAAUAUGAAAAUGAGAUUAAAACUCUUAAAAAUGAGGUCGAAAAAUUAACAAGUUCAACAAAUGAGGCAAAACAGGUGAACUCUGACCUCAAGCAAGCGACCUCUGACCUAAAACAUAGAAAUCAGAAGAUUGAAGCUAUGGAAUAUGAGGUUUCUAUGUUAGAAGAGAAAGUUAAAGUUCUGGAAACUUCCAAAACUAAAUUAAAAGAUCAGGAAAAUGAAAUUCAAGCUUUGAAAAAUGAGGUGAAAGAAGCAAAUGAAACGAAAGAAAAAGAAUUACAAAAGUUCCGCGAAGGAAGAGACAGAAUCGCCGCUGCUUUAGAAACACAAAUAAAUACGCAAAAGUCGUGUAAUACUGCUCUAAAGACCAAACUGGAUGAACAAAUCUUACAAAAUGUUCAAUUGAAAAGCAGCAACUCGAAACUUGAAGCUGAACUCCAAGUUUUACAGAGGAAUACAAAUACAUUGCGAAAAAGUUCUUCUACGUCUGCGUUGCUUCGUCCCGUGAAGCAAGAAUUAAUGUCUCCCCCACGACAGCUCAUCCAUUCUAACACUGCAUUGGACACUGUACCUGAAUCACCUGCGUUUGUUGUGAUGCAUGAGAUGAGCACGAACAUGACGCCCAUGAAUGCAGCUCGUGAUGGUCACGUGAAUCAAACUCACGCAGAUCACGGGAGCAAGGAAUCACAAAAUGAUGCGGAAACCGUGAUUUCUCAUGAUGCAACAACAGCUCAUGAUGAUCACGUGAAAAAUGUAUCACAAGGCGAUCACGAGAUUACAACUGAAGAAAGCAAGGAUGAAAAUAACACCGGUCGUAAAACUCGUCAAUCGAACAGGAAGACAGUGGUAAAGAAAUCUUCAUCUCGGAGGAAACGAGGAGCUGCAGCUCCACGCCCAUCAACCCCCAUCCCAUCUGAUGUCCUGGAGGACGCACCAGUUGAAAACCACCCACCAAAAACUCGUCGCAAGCGAACAACGAGAACCAAGUCUUCAGAAAUCCCACAAAUUAAAUGUGAAGCGAGUGAUGGGAUUGAAAAUGACGACACGCUUACUAACGAAGUUUUAGAUGAUUCUGGAAUGCUUAAAGCUACAGGUCAACAUAGAGGAUUUCCUGAGUCAACAAUGGAGAUGGAUGUGACUCCUAAACUGAAGAAGACUGGAACAAGAGGAAGGAAGAGGACACUAAAGUCGAAAGAAGAUGACCCAAAAUCUUUGCAGUCCAAAAUCAGUCGCACACGCAAAGCAUUUGACAAAAUAUUUGAUUCCGAUGCGACCACUGAAGCGGAACCUGCUCACACAAGAACGCGUCGUCGUGGUAAGGUGGCGCAAGAGAGCAUUGAUGACGAAACUAAUGGAAAACCGACAAACAUGUCACGCAUGGGUGACCUUUUGAAAAAUUCACCCGUUGGGCAAGUUUUCAAAAGAUUUGAGGCGGCCAUUUCCCCAUCCAGGGCACCAACCAUUAGUAGUCCAUGUACUGCACUUAAUUAUAAUGAACCUAAUCGCCAAUCAACCAGACGCCCAAGAAAAAUCCACGCAGAAGAUAUUUCUCUACCCCUUGAAUGCACCCCCACUGAUACAGGGGUUAUUGGGGCUAUAGGAAGAGGGGUAGGGGUCCUCUCGCAAACCCAAAAUGUGGAGCGUGGUGGCUCAAGACGGCUAAGAAAACGAAAAUAACUUUUUUUAAAACAAAAAUAAAAAACAUUUUGAGUGGGGGAAAUCAAAAAUUUCAGCUAAAGUAUUUUUAGUUUUAAAAAUUUCUUUUUUUUUCUAAAAAUCAAGUAUUUAUAAAAAAAAUAAUCUUAUUCAAAGCAUGCAUAUUGCCAGGUCUUUCAUUUUGAGUUGUGCACAUUCUACUGCCCUAUCUUUCUCUGUGCUUUGCAAGUUACUGCGCAUAUACAUGUAUUGCUGUACAUAUGUUUAACAAAGAACUGUAAUCUAU